AUGUCCGAUUCUAUUGCUAGAAGAAGCGGUAAUAAUAAACGCAGGAAUAUCUAUAAGAGUAGGAGCUCGUACGUGGAUGAAAGCCUCUUCGAUUCAGCAAAUAAGAGUGUCAGUUUUCAUGAAGUUAAGUUUGAUCCACCUUGGAUUAAAAACAAUUCAAAUCGAGAACUUGCAGCCAAUUCGCUUGCUUGGAAUAAAGGCAAGGCCGGAAAUGAUAAGAAAUCAGAUCGCGAAAGAGUAAGGCCAGAUAGUCGAAACUUAAAACGACCGUAUCGUAAACAAGUGUUUAAAUCAUCAUUUACUGAUGAUUCCUUAUUUGGUGAUCCGCUGAUUGCACAAGAACAGUCCAUGAGAGAAUUACCUCCGUGGGGCAAAAAAGAAAAAGGCAAAUAUAUGAAGCCCUUACUAUGGGAUCCUGAUCCGUCAAAUAUACGAAUUGAAGGAUCUAGGUCAUCUCGCGAUGCGCGCAGACCGGAUUCUGUCUCAGGUUCAUUUUCCUAUUCCAGAAGCAGCACGCGUACUGCGACGUAUGGAGUUUCAUCAGCUAGAAGACCACAAUCAGCAACUGUUCGACCACCAUGGAGAUAG